CUUUCGUGGAAAACUGGAAACCCUAUAAUCGUCCUCCCCCAAAACCUGCGCCCAUCUUGCGCCGCCGCCGCCGCCUCCUCCAAUCCGUUCCGCUCCUCCGUCCCCCUCCCUGCUCACGCGUCCUCACCGGCCCCGCGCCGCCCUCCACCGCCAAGAUGAACAAGGAGAGGCUCAUGAAGAUGGCCGGCGCCGUCCGCACCGGCGGGAAGGGCACCGUGCGCAGGAAGAAGAAGGCUGUCCACAAGACGGCCACCACGGACGACAAGAGGCUGCAGAGCACGCUCAAGAGAGUAGGGGUCAAUACCAUUCCUGCAAUCGAGGAGGUCAACAUCUUCAAGGACGACCUCGUCAUCCAGUUCUUGAAUCCCAAAGUGCAAGCUUCCAUCGCUGCAAACACAUGGGUGGUCAGUGGAUCCCCACAGACGAAAAAGCUACAAGAUGUUCUGCCUGGGAUCAUUAACCAGUUGGGCCCUGACAACAUGGAGCACCUGAAGAGGAUUGCUGAAGAGAUGCAGAAGCAGGUGGCUGCUGCUGGUGCCGCAGCACAGGCCAAGGAAGAUAAUGAUGAUGAUGUUCCAGAGCUUGUUCCUGGAGAGACUUUUGAGGAAGUAGCUCAGGAGGCAAAAGCCUGAUCAUAGACUCCAAAUAGUGAAAUGUUACUUGACCGCUUCUAUGAGGUCAUGGUUUUCUUGUGAUGGCACUCUUUUGCUCCCCCCACUUAGGCCAGCCGCUCUUUGUAUUCGCAGUCAGAAACUUUUAGUUUCUCCGAGCUUUUACCUAAAGUUAUGCAUGUUGAGAUGCCAUGGAAUCCAUUUUGCUCGUUUUGAUGAUUACAUUUGUGGUUGGUUCACAACAUACACUGGCACCACUGCAGCUGAUGUUACUGGAUCACCACUUUAUAAUGUUUGUGUGGUCUAUAUGGUGGGGUAAACCCUCUGCAGUUA